CAGUGACUUUUGCCUGGAGUGCAGUAGCGGGCGCAGGCGGCCUCGCUGCCCGUCGAUGCCGCCCCUGGCAGGACCCGGGGAACUGGGGCGGCCAUGCCUCCCCCUGUCCCAGCUGCCCCGCGCUAACCUGCCUGCCGCGGGCGCCCUCGGGAGCCCAGAGGACUAACGGACCUUGCUUCACAUCCUUGCCGCCAAUCCCCCCCAAGAUGUCGCUCGAGUGGCUGGCGGCCUGGAGCUGGUCGCUGGACGGCCUGCGGGACUGCAUCGCCACGGGCAUCCAGUCCGUGAGGGACUGCGACACCAGCGCCGUUGUCACCGUGGCCUGCAUGCUGGUCCUGUUCGUGUGGUACUGCUAUCACGUGGGCCGGGAGCAGCCCCGGCCCUACGUCUCCGUCAACUCCCUCAUGCAGGGCGCAGAGGCCAACGGGCUGCAGAACGGGUACGUGUACUGCCAGUCCCCUGAGUGCGUGCGCUGCACCCACAACGAGGGCCUCAACCAGAAGCUCUACCACAACCUGCAGGAGUACGCCAAGCGCUACUCCUGGUCCGGCAUGGGCCGCAUCCACAAGGGCAUCCGCGAGCAGGGCCGCUACCUCAACAGCCGGCCCUCCAUCCAGAAGCCCGAGGUCUUCUUCCUGCCUGACCUCCCCACCACACCCUACUUCUCCCGCGAUGCCCAGAAGCACGACGUGGAGUUGCUGGAACGGAACUUCCAGACCAUCCUGUGCGAGUUCGAGGCCCUGUACAAAGCCUUCUCAAACUGCAGCCUCCCGCAGGGCUGGAAAAUGAACAGCACCCCCAGCGGGGAGUGGGUCACCUUUUACUUGGUCAACCAGGGGGUUUGUGUUCCCAGGAACUGCAGGAAGUGCCCACGGACGUACCGCUUGCUCGGAAGCCUUCGGACCUGCAUUGGGAACAAUGUUUUUGGGAACGCGUGCAUCUCCGUGCUGAGCCCGGGGACCGUGAUAACGGAGCACUACGGACCCACCAACAUCCGCAUCCGAUGCCACUUAGGUCUGAAAACGCCGAGCGGCUGUGAGCUGGUGGUGGGCGGGGAGCCCCAGUGCUGGGCGGAAGGCCGCUGCCUCCUCUUCGAUGACUCUUUCCUCCACACCGCGUUCCACGAAGGUUCAGCGGAGGACGGCCCCCGGGUGGUUUUCAUGGUGGAUCUGUGGCAUCCAAACGUUGCCGCGGCCGAACGGCAGGCCCUGGAUUUCAUCUUUGCUCCAGGCCGGUGAGACCCCUUCCCGCGCUGGGCUCGGCAAGUGGCCGCGGGUCAGCCCGGACAGACCGUGGCGCGGGCCGGCACCCACCGUGGUACAGGUCCACGCUCAGAAACCUGCCUCAACGGGAAGCUCUUACUUGGGAUUUUUCUACCGCGCUGGGUCUCUCUUCCCUUUCACUAUCGUUAGUGGGAAAUUUUCAGCCUGUAUUUCCUUAGAUUUUUUUCCCUUCCACUCACUUGCUUCCGCGAUUCCUUUGUGCCCACCGGCGCAUUCCUUCGCCCUGUGACCAGAGGCUUGGCGCCCGUUGUCCGUGUCCUGUGGCUCCGUGGUUCGUCAUUCCUCUGAAACAGUGAUCAAGCGGCUAUUUGUCUGAGUGUAACAACGCACGACGUCCUGUGGUCACCUAAAAAGGAAAAACAAAGACAAAACACUGCACACCAAGUGCUGGAGAACUUGGCCUCUGCCGCUGUCCCAGCCACACGGGGGGCCCUUGGCGCCCCCAGGCAGGGGUGAGUCUGCGGGCCCUGCACCUGGCCGGUUCGUGGGCAGGGUGGUCACGGUCAGGGGUGGCGCACAGGGUCACGGCCUGGGGGAAACGCCACCAGCCGCUCACCCCACCCCAAACCCUGUCAGGUCUCUGACGGCAGAGAGCAGUCAGCUGCUGGGACUGGAGGCUUUUCUGUGACAUCGCUUUCCCUCAGAGCUGAGGCUGGCGUCCCCGAGCGCAGCCGGGCCCCCAUGAUCAGCCGCAGGACGCGCACGUCACUUACCUCACUGCCUACAGAAGCCCCACUGCCACGCCGGGCCUGGGCCAUCCCGCGUUAGCUGUUUCGAAGAUGAACUGUGGCACCACCAGGCUGGCCCACUGGCGCCGGGGAAGGGGGGGGGGUAAGACCUCGCUCACCCAGUGACAUUCCGGAAAGCCUUUCUCUGGCAAAGCUGGAAUCGUAGAUGUGACCAAAGCGUCUGUUUUGUUUUGGAGUUCCGUUGCCUAUGGUUUUCCAUUUAUUUGUCUGUACAUAAAUGUUCAAUUGCCGGCCUCAGAGAUAGCGAGUCAGCCCUGUGUCCUUGUCACUGCACAAGGUGUGUGCUAAGCGAUGGCCACCUAAGCGCAUGUGUGAGCGAGGACACUGGGAAGACCUACAAACGCAAAGGGCCCACCGUCCCAAAGCUGGCCUCUUGGUCUCCAGUGACGAACAUGGCCGGUUGGAGGCACUGAAUCUAGAAGCAGCUUCCUGUUCGCUGAUGUGUGGACGGGCAGCCUCCAGCCACGCUGGAGAUGCUGAUUUGAAUAACGUAUUAUGGCAGCAUCGGAUCAAUUCAGCCAUCGCGCGGUAUGGAAGACAAGCGUGUCACGUGUGCAAAUCCUGUGUCCGAACGGAAGCCAGCAGCUUCUGUGAGGAACAGCCGUCAGAGGCAAACUGCAAUCUGAAAUGCACUGGGCAGGUACUAGCAAGGGUGCAAAGAAAACAUGUCUGCAGCUGAGUAAAAUUUCUGCAAGAUAUUUUUCAGUGAUUAGGCUGCAGGAAAGGGCAGACAUUUCAAAAACACCUGAAGGCUUUUUCUUCAUUCAGUAUUUGUUAAAGAAUCACUGAGGUGCAUGAUUUCUAUACAUACCGACCGCUCUACGUUUACAAAGCCAACAGCCCAUGCAGGUACUCACGUGGCCGCCUGUGCUCAUGUGACGUGGUGGGGAACAGGAGACAAAUAAAGGGCCUUGCUGAA